GUGAUUGGCGGGGAACAGGCGUGGAAGCUCUGGGGCCGAUCACGGCUGGCACACGGUAAAAAGCUCCGAGCGCAGCGCCCUCAGUAAACAAUGCCUCGCAGAACGCAUAUCUCAGAAGCGGAAUGCACACAUUCUCAUAUCAGCAAACGGUGUACGCUUCGCAUUAUUGCCGUGAGUUCUGCCCUGUCCAUAUUGACAUCGCUGUGCGUGCAAUUCCGCUCUGGCGGGCGUCUCCGAUUACUCUGCGGUGUGGGUCAGACUCGCAACGAACAACAAGAGGAGCUCCUCCGCAUGCGGAGUUCGGGGGAGGCAAAAUGUGUCUCGCGACGUGUCUGCGCACGCAUUACUCAUUCGACUAUCAGUCGACCCCGCAGACACGUAUCACAAAUCCUCGACAGCACCCGCGGGUUGUCCGUAAGCCUGAAAGAUGGCGACAUCAACGAAAGAAGUAAAACAGGGAGACUUUUACCAAUCAUGGUCACGCAUUCCUUCGUACAUGAACUCGAUGGUUACAUGAUUCGUCCGUAGGAGCCCCGGAUCAUCGCUUUGUUGUGGUAGUACCCGCGGGAAGGUCAAGCACAUGGGGGCGGCGGACGGGCCUCGGUGCUAGCGUGGCUGCUUGCAUAACGUGAAUUAUUUAUCGGCCGCUUCCUUGGUGUAGCUCGCGACUCCCCUCCACGAUAACCACGGUUC